AUGGCGGGGACAGAAUGGGUAACAGCCAAACAAAAGGCGUUCUUGCAGGGAUUGUACAGUGAUUUUCUCAAGGCGCAGCUCCAAGCAACCCUGACGGCCUUCUGGACUGAGGUUUAUCGCACCUGGUUUGAGAAAUGGCCCGAAAUCAGUAUCAUGUACCCCGGUCUUCCAGACCAAGAAUCUUUGACAGAAGAGCAGAAUAAAUUGUUAGGGAUUGCGGUCAACAAAAGACGUCAGCAAAUUAGAACAUGGUUUAACUACCAAUCGCAAAGGGGUGGUCGCGCAUCAGUCAACGCAAUGACGAAAUCCAUCCAGAAGAUGCUUGGAAACAAGGUGAAGGGAACUCGAGUCCACACCCCUGCAGAGAUAUUCACCAAAUCAAGCCAUGGUGCCAAUAUUCGCAAUCAGCUGCGAAAUUCUAUUGAUUCCAGCAGUGUCAUGUCUAAAGGAGAAAAGCUUAACACCGUGAGAAAAUUGGCUCAAGAAGCUUACACCAGUGCUGGUCCCGAGGUUCAGGCAUCUUGCAUCGCCGCAGUGCAAGCAGAAUGUGAUGCCAAAGCAGGCGAGGUCAUUAAGCAGAAGCGCGCACCAGAUGAAAGGACAAACUCAGAGCUUGCAAAGGCACUGGAGGAGUGUACAGGUCCCAUCGCACACUUCCUACAAGCGAUCCAUGACCUAACGGGGUUUCAUUGGUCAAUUAUGGGUGCAGGACCUGACCCUCGUUACAAUGGUGAUAUCAAUGCCAUUAGUUACCAUACUGGAGCCAACAAACAAGGUCAAAACUGGAUGCAAGCAACUCCCAAUUUCAAUGAAAGGCACCUUAAGCUGUUCACCACCUUUGUCUUGCGUCUUUUCCAUAAGUUCCGCUUCCCUCGUCCAUUAAUAUCACUUGCUGAUUAA